AAGAGGAGGCAUCCGGUCACUGCAGGGUGGGAUGGCUGUGUUUACCUAGGCAGGAGCUGCAGACUUGCAAUGCCAGAAAGUAAAAAGAGAGGACCAGGAAGAGGAGAGUGCUCCAAACGGAGUCUGAGGAAGGGAAGCAGCCGCUCAGCCAUCACCGCACUGUUCACCAUCACUGAGGAAGAGGAGGAACAGAGAUGGAGAGAUGGUAUCAGGAGGAAGACCAAAGCGUCUUACUAUGAGUCGGAGGAUGGCAGAGCAUCGUCAGCCACCCGGCCCGACUCGUCUGCCUCUGGACAGAUCUACACUCCCACCCCGACCUCCACGCCCACUCCCACCCGCACCGCCACAAGCACCAGCCCCAACAACCAAAGCACUGCAAAUAAAACAGACUCUUUGCUCUUCAACAAAACAGAUGAGAGGCUGAGGUUGGCCCUGGAGCGGCGAGAGGAACUUGAGAAACAGAAUGCCAUCAAGGAGGUCGAGUGGCAGGCACGUGAGGAGCGAGCCAGGCAGCACUACCAGAAGCACCUGGAGGAGAGGAGGAAGAAGCUGGAAGAGCAGAGGAUAAAAGAGGACAGGAGGCAUGCCGCCGUGGAGGAGAAACGGCGACAGAAGUUGGAGGAUGACAAGCUUCGUCAUGAAGCGGUGAUGCGGCGCACUAUGGAGAGGGGUCAACUUACCAGACCGAAGACCAACCGCUGGUCCUGGAGUGGCGCUCUGCACCCCAACAGGCCUGACACACCCACCGAUGCUGACAGACGGUCUGUGUCCACUGUGAAUUUAUCCAAACAUCACGACCCCAUCAUUACCAAGCGCCUGUCCUCGUCCUCAGCCACGUUGCUACACUCAACCGACCGAGGACUUCAGACCAGAGCAACCUCCUCACCUGCCAUUAACAAAGCUCAGUCCAAAAGCCACCUAUACCAGGGGACCACCACCCUCCGCAAAUACACAGGCCCUCGCCGCCUGCCCCUGACGCCGUGGGAGAGCAAUAUGGUGAACCGUCUGCAGCAGCCAACACACUCCUAUCUGGCCCGUAGCCGCAGUGCCAUGAGUCUCACAGGAGAGCAAACAGUGUCCUGCCACCCCAUGGGCUCCAUGUCCUUCAAGACCAUGCAGACCCGCCCCCUCUCUCACAGCCACAGUCAGGAAAGGAGUCUGAGCAGAGAGACGACCUCGUCCGUGCCUGCCCGCAGGAGGACCACAGGGACAACACAACCGCCGCAGAAGAGUCGCGACUCUGUCAGGAAGUCAUGGAGCAACUUGUCUUUGCCUCUUGGUCCUGCUCUCACUUUACCUCUCAAAAUGCGCUCAUCUCCUCCAACCAAAAGGAACAGCUCAGCAUCGUCUCCCGGCAGGCCACCUCUUAAAGCCACAGUACGCCCUCCAACUCCCAAGAUGCUUAAGUCUCCGGGGGCGGAGGACCCUGGAAAUUUCCGCCCUGUCAGGGUGAUUUCGGACAUUUAUCGCCCUUCUACGCCCACCAAAUCUCCAGAAGCGAAGGACGAGCAGGUCCUCAGUCCUCCUCAGCCGCUGGGCCACAACAAGAGCAGCAAAGAGCAGUCAACAACAACAACAACCAGCGAACGCAUAAGCAGUCCCUCCCCCCAGAAAACUUCUGCUGGGACCACAGAUCGGGAGGAGGCGAGCCGCAUCUUGGCAGAGAACCGGCGGCUGGUUCGCGAGCAAAGAGAAAGGGAUGAAGAGGAGCGGACGCAGCAGGAGGAACAAGCAAGGCUAGCCAGUGAGGAGAUUGCUCGUCGUAAAGCUGAGGAGCGAUUGAAAAGGGAGGAGGAGGCCCAGCGCCAAGCCGCGGAGAGAAGAAUGAAAGAAGAGGAGGACAGAAAGAUGGAGGAAGAGAGACUGCAGAAAGAGAGAGAGGAGGCAGACAGAGCCCAGAAACAGAGAGAAGAGGAGGAGUCUCGGCAGAAAGAGGAGGCGGAGAAACUGAGGCAGGAAAGAGACAAACACUUCCAGAAGGAGGAGGCUGAGCGGCUAGAAAGAAAGAAGCGUCUGGACGAGAUCAUGAGGAGGACGAGACGGUCAGACACGACAGAGAAGAAAGUCACGCCCAGCAAGAACAGUGACAGCACAGUGGCCGCUGCCUCUCCCGGCCCAUCUGAAGGAACACCGCCUACCUCCAUUCAUGGCCACGGCAACGGAUGCCCACCUGACCCCAACAGCAGCCCUUCCACACCUCUGCAGAGGGAGAACGGUGAGAUUGAGGAGGUGAAUGAACCGCCUUCGCAUUCCAGGUUGACUCCUCCUAGUAUAGAGGAUAAGGAGGAAGAUCAGCAGCAGCAGGGAGAGGUCAUGGCAUUUCGGGAGAACGGCCUUCCGAAGCCUCCGAUAGUUGUGGACGAUAUUUCGGCCCAGCAGGGAGCAGACGUGGCCUGAUGGUGUCGUAGGACAACGUGAUCCAGCUGCUGAGAGCCAGGAAGAAAGACUGUUUGUUUGCAGAGAAUUAUGUGGAAUCAAGAGUUUCUAGACGGGCUCUUUUUCUGCCAUUGCUGACCCCUGCAAAGACACAACAGCAAGCACCCGUUUUGUUCCCCCCAAAGAUGGCGACUCUAAAGAUCGAGCCCAUUAAACAUCUCAGGAGAGGAAUGCUUCUGCUCACAUGAGAUGAUUGUGGCAAGAUGUUUUUUUUCUCCCUCAUUCUGAAAUAACUGCCAGAUGACCUCUAAAGUCUUUAAUUGUGAAAA